CCUGCCUUUACUCUUUACUCUGCAGUUCGCCGCUGUGUUUCUGCAUUCUGCUUAUCUUCACUUUUCCUGUAUUGAAUCUCGCUGAAUUCCUUUUGCAAUGGCGGACGCACUCCUCUCGGCUUCGCUUCAAGUUCUAUUCGACAGAUUGGCUUCUCCAGAGCUCAUCAACUUUAUCCGGGCACAAAAGCUCAGCCAUGAACUCCUCACCAACUUUAAGAGGAAAUUGCUGUUUGUCCACAAAGCGCUCAAUGAUGCGGAGAUGAAGCAAUUUUCAGACCCACUAUUUAAAGACUGGCUGGUCCAAGUUAUGGAUGUUGUGUAUCACGCGGAGGACCUGUUAGACGAGAUCGCUACCGACGCUUUGCGGUCCCAGAUCGAAGCUGCUGACUCCCAAGAUAGCGGAACUCAUCAGGUGUGGAACUGGAAAAAGGUCUCUGCUUGGGUCAAGGCUCCAUUUGCUAGUCAAAGUAUGGAGUCCAGGGUCAAGGGCUUGAUUUCUCUACUUGAAAACACUGCACAAGAAAAAGUUGAGCUAGGGCUGAAAGAAGGUGAGGGCGAGAAACUGUCACCAAGAUCACCAUCCACUUCUCUGGUGGAUGAGUCCUUUGUGUACGGCAGGAAUGAAAUUAAGGAGGAGAUGGUGAAGUGGUUGCUUUCUGAUAAGGAAAAUGCAACAGGCAACAACAUAGAUGUGAUAUCCAUAAUGGGCAUGGGCGGCAGCGGCAAGACGACACUCGCUCAGCUUCUCUAUAACCAUGAUAGAGUGAAGCAACACUUCCACUUGAAAGCAUGGGUCUGUGUUUCCACCGAGUUUUUUCUAAUCGAGGAGGUAACAAAAUCAUUUCUUAAGGAAAUCGGUUCUGAAACUAAAUCAGACGACACCCUAAAUUUGCUUCAGCUUAAACUCAAAGAGAGCGUAGGUAACAAGAAAUUUCUGCUCGUUCUCGACGACGUCUGGGAUAUGAAGUCUCUUGAUUGGGAUGGCCUACGAAUUCCACUCCUCGCUGCAGCAGAGGGAAGCAAGAUUGUUGUGACCAGUCGUAGUGAAACUGCUGCAAAAAUCAUGCGUGCAAUCCGUAGUCAUCAUCUGGGGACAUUAAGCCCUGAAGAUAGUUGGUCCCUACUUACAAAACUCGCAUUUCCAAAUGGAGAUUCCAGCGCUUAUCCUCAGCUUGAAACCAUUGGCAGAGAGAUUGUGGACAAGUGCCAAGGAUUGCCUUUGGCUGUAAAAGCACUCGGGAGCCUCUUGUACUCUAAGGCCGAUAAAAGAGAAUGGGAAGAUAUUUUGAACAGCAAAACAUGGCAUUCCCAGACUGAUCAUGAAAUUCUUCCAUCUUUUAGAUUGAGUUAUCAGCAUCUUUCUCCUCCUGUGAAGCGUUGUUUUGCUUACUGUUCAAUUUUUGCUAAGGACCAUGAAUUUGACAAAAAGAAGCUGAUUCUAUUAUGGAUGGCAGAAGGGCUUUUACACGCGGGACAAAGGGACGAAAGAAUGGAAGAGGUAGGUGAGUCAUGUUUUAACGAGCUUGAAGCAAAGUCAUUUUUCCAAAAAUCUAUUACAAAAGAAUCAUGUUUUGUAAUACAUGAUUUAAUACAUGACUUGGCUCAACAUAUCUCAGGAGAAUUUUGUGUUCAAUUGGAACAGUAUAAGGUGCAAAAAAUAACUGAGAUGACUCGCCAUUUUUGCUACUCUAAUAGUGAUGAUGACAGGAUGGUUGUAUUUCAAAAGUUUGAGGCUGUUGGUGAAGCUAAACAUCUCAGAACCUUUCUGGACGAGAAGAAAUAUCCAUACUUUGGGUUUUAUACAUUGAGUAAGAGAGUUUUACAAAAUAUAUUACCAAAAUUUAAAUCCUUGCGUGUGUUGUCAUUGUGUGCAUACAAGACAACUGAAGUGCCUGAUUCAAUACACAAUUUAACACAGUUGUGUUACUUGGAUAGUUGGAUCUCUCCUCAACACAGAUUCAAAGAUUACCUGAAUCAGUAUGUUGUUUAUGCAAUUUGCAAACAAUGAUACUGAGUAAAUGCUGGAGUCUUCUUCAAUUGCCUUCAAAGAUGGGGAAGUUGAUUAAUUUGCGUUAUCUUGAUAUUAGCGGAGUUAUUUCAUUGAAAGAAAUGCCAAAUGAUAUAGAUCAAUUAAAAAGUUUACAACAAUUGCCUUAUGUCAUUGUGAGCCAAAAAAGUGGUUUCGGAAUUGAAGGAUUGAGGGAGUUUCCAGAGAUUCGAGGAAUACUUAAAAUCUCAAACAUGGAGAAUGUGGUGUGUGUUAAGGAUGCAUUGCAAGCAAAUAUGAAGGAUAAGAGAUACCUCGAUGAGUUAUCCCUCAAUUGGGACGAAAUGAUUAGCAAUGAUGUUAUACAAAGUGGUGCAAUAGAUGAUAUUCUCAACAAGUUACAACCUCAUCCAAAUUUAAAAAAACUCUCCAUCGUAAGCUAUCCUGGUGUAACAUUUCCUAAUUGGCUUGGAGAUCCUUCAUUCUUGAAUCUUGGGUCCCUUGAGCUUUCGGGUUGUGAGAAUUGCUCAACAUUGCCGCCACUUGGACAGCUACCUUGUCUUGAACAUCUAGAGAUUUCAUGAAAGGAGUAGCGAGGGUGGGUAGUGAGUUUUAUGGGAAUUCUUUUUCCUCACUUCAGCCCUCCUUCCCAUCCCUGCAAACUCUUAUCAUUUUCAUUCAUGGACAAUUGGGAGACAUGGUUAUGUUGUGGAGGCAGACAUGGAGAAUUCCCUUGUCUCCAGAAGCUUUUUAUGUGGAGCUGUCGCAAACUCACUGGGGAAUUACUAAUACACCUUCCUUCAUUGAAGAAACUUUACCUUGAUAGAUGUCCGCAAUUGCUUGUGCCUACACUUAACAUUUCUGCUGCCUGUGGAUUGCAUUUGAAAAGGCAAGCUUGUGGGUUCACAGCUCUUCAAACUUCAGAUAUUGAAAUUUCAAACGUCUCUCAGUUGAAGCAACUUCCAGUGGUACCCCACAAUCUCUUCAUUACAAAGUCUGAUUCCGUGGAGUCUCUACUAGAGGAGGAAAUCCUGCAAACCAACAUGUAUCGUUUAGAAAUUUGUUGCUGCUCUUUUUCCAGAUCCCUGAGCAAAGUUGGCUUACCCACUACAUUGAAAUUACUAUCAAUCUCUAACUGUACCAAAGUGGACCUUCUUCUACCUGUGUUGUUCAGAUGCCAUCACCCUGUCCUUAAAAGGCUAUGGAUCAAUGGUGGUACCUACGAUAAUUCUCUCCCGUUAUCCUUCUCAAUAUUGGACAUCUUCCCCAGGUUGACUGAGUUCAAAAUCAAUGAUCUUGAGGGGCUCGAGAAGCUCCGCAUUUCGAUUUCAGAGGGGGAUCCCACAUCUCUUCGUAAGUUAGAAAUUAGAAGGUGCCCUAAUCUUGUAUACAUCCAACUGCCCGCUGUCAACUCAAUAUACCAUGAGAUUUCCAAUUGCUCCAAGCUCAGAUUGCUGGCGUACACACAUUCAUCUCUGCAGCAACUGCGUUUAGAGGAUUGUCCAGAAGUGUUGUUUCAUGGGAGGGUUUGCCUUCCAACCUACGUGAACUUCAAAUUUGUGGCUGCAACCAACUCGCGUCCCAGAUGGACUGGGAUUUGCAAAGACUGACCUCUCUUACUGAGUUCACAAUCCUAGGUGGAUGUGAAGACGCAGAAUUAUUUCCCAAGGAGUGCCUGCUGCCCUCCUCUCUGACUUCUCUUAAAAUUGUAAAGCUUCCGAAUCUCAAGUCUCUUGACAGCAAGGGGCUUCAAAAACUCACCUCUCUUGUAAAAUUAUGGAUCACGGAUUGCCCUGAACUCCAAUCCUUGACAGAAGCAGGUCUUCACCACCUCACCAGUCUUGAAAUCUUGAAUAUCCACAAAUGCCCUAAACUCCAAUACUUGACAAAAGAGAGACUGCCAGACUCACUCUCUCAUCUGAAUGUCUGCGAGUGUCCUUCACUGGAACAACGUUGCCAAUUUGAGAAAGGGCCAGAAUGGCGUCAUAUAUCUCACAUUUCAAAAAUAGUGAUCGAUAAUGUGCUUUUUUGAUGAAAGUGGCACUGCACCAACAUGUAGUCAACUUCAAGCCUGGGACGAAUAUUGAAGGGCUAUAAAUGAGGAUUCAACCUAGGUGCUCACAUUUUAACACAGACAAUUCUCAUAUUUUAACGGCAUGGAGGAAACCAUGGAUGUAUUCUAGUUAACUACUUAUUAGUCAUUGGUUGGUCUGGUUGUUGGAGAUUUGGGCAGGCAACAAACUCUAUUUGUUUGACUUUAGAAGUUCUCCCACAAAGAAAAAAGGAGCAAAAGGAAGUUUGAUCCUAGUAACCAGGAUGAGCAUAGAAGACUUCUUACGAGGAACAAAUUAAGUUUGAUUAUGAUAAUAGCAGCCUGCAUUGAUUGGGAGUCUCUGUAACAAAAACUAGUCUAUUUUUGCACUAAGUGGUUGGCCUUUUAAAGGUCUUGACCAUGAUUAGGAAUUUCUGUAUAUUUUCUGUUGUCGUGGAGAUGAUCAUUGACAUCAAUGUCAUGGAUACCAUUUCAGUCUGUAGUUAUGGAUCACAAGAGAAGACAUAAAUCUUCUUAUGCUUGGUUCUCAUUUGCAGAAUUAUCAUUGGCAUGCCUGCACUUCUAUCAGCAAUGCCUGACGACAUUUGCAGCAUAGGCACCAGUGGCUGUGGCAGUGGGAUUUGUGGAUUUAACAGCUAUUGUAUUGUUUGAUGAAGAGGGGAGGCUGUCCAGAUGUGUGUGCCUAUAUAGGUAUUCCUUCUUGGAUCCAGAUUCUAAAGACCAAAUUUUCUCAAAUGCCCGGUUGCCAAGAAAAUGAAGGGGAAGCACAGAAGAAUGCAGUAGAGUUCAUAUAAUUGUGAACUUCAUAUUGGAUGGGCUAUUGACAAGCAAAAUCAAGUUCCAGACAGAACAUAAUCCCACGUCUCUUCAGUACUUGCAAAUAAGAGGAUACCCUGAUCUUGUAUAAAUGCAAUUGUUCCCUCUCAACUCCAAAAAUAGUGAUCAAUGGUGUGUUAUUUUAAUGACAGUGGUACUACACAUAUACGGUCAGCAUGCUCUAUUUGUUUGAUUGAAGAAUUUUCCAAUGAAGAAAAGGAGAGUAAAAGAAGAUUGAUCCUCAGUAAUUCACAUUUUUACAAAGUCCGUUAUCAUAUUUUCAUGACCUCUUCAGUUUGCCUUCUUGAAUAGGCAAAGAUGACUCUUAGCUACCUUUGUAUUUAUCUCAUGUAAGAACAUGACAUUUUGAGGUAGUUUGUGGUUAUUGAAUAUGUAUUGAAUCUUACAACAUCAUAAUAUAUUUUUAGUUGGCUGCUUAUGUACAUGUUUUAACUUUGCUUCAUUCGAUAUCAAACUAAAUUAAUCACUACUUUUUUCCUUUUCUUUCUCUGUCUCAUUUUAAGUAACGAGGAUCAGCAUAGAAGACUUAUUAUGAGAAAUAAAGUAUGAUAUGACCAUGGAAAAACAUGUGAGCUUGCACUGAUUGGGAGCCCCUGUAAAAAAAACCUGGUCUAUUUUGCACUAACCCAGUGGACUACCUUCAAAAGGUCUUGACUAUGACUAGAUGAUUAUUGAGACGAUAAUUUGCAGAAUUGUCGUUGCCAUGCCUAUACUUCUGUCUCUAACUAUGAGCAUUGAUUCUCAUUUUUUAUUUGAGUUGGAGCCACCUGUUUAUUCACAAAGAAAAUUAGAGUCCAAGUCUAAAUGAAGGUUUACACCAUGAAACUCCCAUGAAGAACAUUCAGAUGAAGGGGAAGUAGAGAAGAAUGCAGCAGAGUUCAUAGAUUAAAAAACAUAGUCUGGCAAGUCUCUGAUUAUGAACUUCGGAUUGGAUGGGCUGUUGGCAAGGAGAAAUUUUAAACAGUUUUGUAAAGAGGAUUGCUUCUGUGCAGUAGCCAUUUAUACAGACAUGGCAGAAGAGAUUUCCUCUGUCCUGUGGAAGACAGAGCAAAAGUCUUGCAAAGAGGCCCAGAUAAGUCUACCUUGAUCCUUGUUGGGUCACUACUUCCUUGGCAGCUCAGUGUUCUUCAAUCUCUUUUUGGGGAUAGCUAUAGCCGUGGGUGCUGUCUUCUGAUAAUGUAAGAAACUGCUCAGUCUCCAGUUUGUUUCAAACAUACUGGGGACUACUACUGUUAUACUCUUAGUUUGUAUCCACAUUAUGACAUUGAACCUAAGGAAAUUUUUUAAAAAAGUAGCAUAAUCUUGUUACCUUUUAUGUAACAUGCCAUCUUGGAACAUGAUUAAUCAAUAUAAUUAGUUUCUUUCAAGGUACUAAUUAUGUUCUUCUA